AAUGUUACCCAACCAGACGUUGAAGCUGUUAAGACUGGUUUUGCUAACUUGGGAAGACACAUUGCUAAUAUGAGAAAGUUUGGUGUUCCAGUUGUUGUCUGUGUCAAUCAAUUCACAACCGAUAGUGCUGAAGAAAUUGAAACUGUUGUCAGAUUAUCUAAGGAAGCUGGUGCUGAUGACUGUGUUCCAUCAAAUCACUUCAGUGAAGGUGGUAAGGGAGCUGUUGCUAUUGCUGAAGCUAUUGUUCGUGUCUGCCAAGAUAAAUCCAAGAUGAACUUUAAGCCAUUGUACGAUAUUAACAUUUCAAUCAAGGAAAAGAUUGAAACUAUUGCCAAGGAAAUUUAUGGAGCUGCUGGUGUUGAAUAUGCUGAAGCUGCUGAAAAGGAAAUUCAAAAAUUGGACAAGUUGCCAGAAAAGUAUUCUAUUUGUUUUGCUAAAACUCAAUACAGUUUCUCUCAUGACGAAAAAUUGAAGGGUGCUCCAAGUGGUUUCAUUCUCCCAAUUAAGAGUAUCAGAUUAUACAGUGGUGCUGGUUUGUUGGUUCCUUUCUGUGGUGAUAUUUCUGCACUUCCAGGUCUUCCAACUCGUCCUGCCUACCUUUUGAUCGAUAUUGACCCAGAAACAGAAGAAGUUAAAGGUCUCUUUUAA